CGGAGAGUGUUAGCUGAUUUAGCUCUCGCUCUACCACUAACCUCAGCGGUUUCCCAUCCUCCUGUCUUUGUUUUCUUUUCCCGUUUCUCAUUAUUUUUCCAUGUUUUGAGAAAGAGAGGAAGAAGAACCGACUCGAAGAUAAUCUCAAGAUCAAGUUUUUGCGACUGGCGAGCACUGAGCAGCCAAACAUGGGGGACAAGACUGAAGUUCUUGAGGCUGUCUUGAAGGAAGCCGUGGAUCUGGAAAAUGUGCCAAUCGAAGAAGUUUUCGAGAAUCUGAGAUGCAGCAAGGAUGGUCUCACUACACAAGCUGCUGAUGAGAGACUUGCCCUCUUCGGCCAUAACAAGCUCGAAGAGAAAAAGGAGAGCAAAUUUCUGAAAUUUUUAGGUUUCAUGUGGAACCCUCUUUCCUGGGUCAUGGAAGCUGCUGCCAUCAUGGCCAUUGCCCUUGCUAAUGGAGGAGGAAAACCUCCUGAUUGGCAAGACUUUGUUGGUAUUAUCACCCUACUGGUGAUAAACUCCACCAUUAGUUUUAUCGAGGAGAACAAUGCUGGAAAUGCUGCCGCUGCUCUCAUGGCCCGUCUUGCCCCAAAAGCUAAGGUUCUUCGAGAUGGAAGGUGGAGCGAGCAAGACGCUGCAAUUCUUGUCCCCGGUGACAUAAUCAGCAUCAAACUUGGGGAUAUCAUUCCGGCUGAUGCACGUCUUCUUGAGGGCGAUCCCCUUAAGAUCGAUCAGUCUGCUCUUACCGGUGAAUCGCUCCCGGUGACCAAAGGUCCUGGGGAUGGUGUGUAUUCCGGAUCUACUUGCAAACAGGGAGAAAUCGAAGCAGUUGUCAUUGCUACCGGCGUCCAUACAUUCUUUGGAAAGGCUGCCCAUCUUGUUGAUACCACCAACCAAGUUGGCCACUUUCAAAAGGUCUUAACUGCCAUUGGGAACUUUUGCAUAUGUUCUAUCGCUGUGGGAAUGAUCAUCGAGAUCAUUGUUAUGUAUCCAAUUCAACACCGGGCAUACCGACCUGGAAUUGAUAACCUUCUUGUGCUUCUCAUCGGUGGAAUUCCUAUUGCCAUGCCUACGGUUCUGUCUGUCACUAUGGCUAUCGGCUCUCACAGGUUAUCUCAGCAGGGUGCAAUCACUAAGAGAAUGACUGCGAUUGAGGAAAUGGCCGGCAUGGAUGUGCUCUGCAGCGACAAGACUGGUACCUUAACAUUGAAUAAACUCACUGUUGACAAAAACCUUAUCGAGGUGUUCAUGAAAGGAAUAGAUGCGGAUACUGUUGUCCUGAUGGCUGCCCAAGCCUCUAGAGUGGAGAACCAAGAUGCAAUAGAUGCUGCCAUUGUUGGAAUGCUUGCUGAUCCUAAAGAAGCGCGGGCUGGAAUUCAUGAGGUUCACUUUCUUCCCUUCAACCCUACCGAUAAGAGAACAGCUCUAACAUAUAUUGACAGUGAUGGUAAAAUGCAUAGAGUCAGCAAAGGUGCCCCUGAACAAAUCCUAAAUCUUGCACACAACAAGUCAGAGAUUGAACGAAGAGUUCAUGCUGUUAUUGACAAAUUUGCUGAACGCGGUUUACGGUCACUUGCUGUGGCAUGCCAGGAAGUUCCGGAAGGAAGGAAGGAGAGUAGUGGAGGUCCUUGGCAAUUCGUGGGUCUCAUGCCUCUUUUUGACCCGCCUAGGCACGACAGUGCUGAGACUAUUAGGAGGGCUUUAAAUCUUGGGGUUAAUGUUAAAAUGAUUACAGGAGACCAACUGGCUAUAGGAAAAGAGACGGGACGUCGUUUGGGGAUGGGGACCAACAUGUACCCUUCAUCUGCUCUGCUUGGACAGAACAAGGAUGAGUCCAUUUCUGCUUUACCCGUCGAUGACCUGAUUGAGAAAGCCGAUGGAUUUGCUGGUGUAUUCCCUGAGCACAAAUACGAGAUAGUGAAGAGGUUACAGGCAAGGAAGCAUAUAUGUGGAAUGACAGGUGAUGGUGUGAAUGAUGCACCUGCCCUCAAAAAGGCUGACAUCGGCAUUGCGGUUGCUGAUGCAACCGAUGCAGCCCGUAGUGCUUCAGAUAUCGUUCUUACCGAACCUGGCCUUAGUGUCAUCAUUAGCGCUGUCUUAACCAGUCGUGCUAUCUUCCAGAGGAUGAAAAAUUAUACUAUCUAUGCAGUUUCCAUCACCAUCCGUAUUGUGCUUGGGUUUAUGCUUCUGGCUCUCAUAUGGAGAUUUGACUUCCCACCCUUCAUGGUUCUUAUCAUUGCCAUUCUGAACGAUGGUACAAUUAUGACAAUAUCGAAGGACAGGGUGAAACCUUCACCUCUUCCAGAUAGCUGGAAGCUGGCCGAGAUUUUCACCACUGGCAUUGUUUUCGGGAGCUACAUGGCCAUGAUGACUGUUAUAUUUUUCUGGAUUGCUUACAAAACCAAUUUCUUCCCGCGAGUGUUUGGAGUUUCGACACUUGAGAAAACAGCUCAUGAUGAUUUCCGGAAGCUUGCCUCUGCGAUUUACCUGCAAGUUAGCAUUAUAAGUCAGGCACUUAUAUUUGUCACACGGUCACGGAGUUGGUCUUAUGUCGAACGUCCUGGUUUAUUGCUCGUGAUAGCCUUUAUCAUCGCCCAGUUGAUUGCUACACUAAUUGCGGUAUACGCAAACUGGAGCUUUGCUGCAAUAGAAGGGAUUGGGUGGGGAUGGGCCGGAGUCAUAUGGCUUUACAACAUCAUAUUCUACAUCCCUCUCGAUCUCAUCAAGUUCUUCAUCCGCUAUGCACUUAGUGGCCGAGCUUGGGACCUUGUUAUCGAACAAAGGAUCGCGUUCACAAGGAAGAAGGACUUCGGGAAAGAACAAAGGGAGCUUCAAUGGGCUCACGCCCAGAGGACGUUGCAUGGGCUGCAGCCACCGGAUACUAAGAUGUUCACUGAGCGAACCCAUGUCCACGAGCUUAACCAGAUGGCUGAAGAAGCCAAGAGACGAGCCGAAAUCGCUCGGUUGCGGGAACUUCACACGCUGAAGGGUCACGUUGAAUCGGUGGUUCGACUGAAGGGGCUCGAUAUCGAAACCAUUCAACAAGCCUACACUGUCUGAGAAACACUCCCCCGUCUUCCCCGAAAUCUCCCGGCUCAAACCACCUCGAUCGUUCUGAAGUUACGUCAGGCAAGUUUCGGCACGUCAGAUCGAUAUCUUUGGUGUUAUAAAUACGUGCGUUUGGUUUUUUAGUUUUCAAGUAUCUGAAAAAGCUCGUGAAUACAUAAACAUACAUUUGCAUAUAUUGUCUGAAUGGUUAGUCCUUUUGAUGAGACAGAAUACUCAAACAUCGUACAGUUUGGAAACUGUUGGUUAAUGUUUUUUUUUUUUAA